AUGCCAACGGAUGUCAGUAUGGCAGAGCCGUUAUUCCCAGCACCCACCGCUGCAAAAAUGGCGUCAGUGAACCGGGUCCGCGCGUUGACGUUAAUUUUCUUGACUGUCACUGGUUGUUUUGUCACCCCGACAAGUGGCACGGAAGGGUCCGAGGACACCGUCAUCAGUGGCCUCCGUCUGGAGGAUACGGACGACAUUUCCUUCAUGGAUAAAGGUUACUUGCGGGUGAGUGAGCGCUCUCGGAUCAAAUUAAGAGUGUACGGGCAGAACAUCAACAACGAGACCUGGUCCAAGAUUGCUUUCACGGAGCACGAGAGGAGCCGGGCGGGGGCGAGCCUUGACAGCUCCUCAGGGGAUAACCACAGCCAAGAGGACUUGUCGGGCUUGCAUCCCUGUGGCAUUAGGACUUCAGAUAUCAUCAUUUUACCAAACAUUGUUGUGAACAGAAAGACGUCGGGCAUAGUUGAGAUAGAGGUCAAACCUCUGCGAAAGACCGAGAGGAGCAAAGCCUACUACCUUUGCAUUGCCACCUCCUCACCUGCCGUGGCUGGAAUGCACGACCCACGGACGGAGAACACCUGGAUCUACCACGAUGGUGAUGACACCAGAGUGAUCGUAGUGGAGGAGAAAAAGUUUUUGCUGCCUUUCUGGCUCCAGGUUAUCUUCAUCUCAAUGCUGCUGUGUCUGUCAGGUAUGUUCAGUGGUUUGAACCUGGGCCUCAUGGCUCUGGACCCCAUGGAGCUCCAGAUAGUGCAGAAUUGUGGCACAGAAAGGGAGAAAAAUUACGCCAAAAAGAUCGAGCCAGUCAGAAGCCAAGGGAAUUAUUUGCUUUGCUCGCUUCUGCUCGGCAAUGUGUUGGUGAACACAACGCUGACCAUUCUGUUGGAUGAUAUUGCCGGUUCAGGGUUGAUUGCUGUGGUCAUGUCCACCAUUGGAAUAGUGAUUUUUGGGGAAAUCGUGCCCCAGGCCAUAUGCUCCAGACACGGCCUCGCUGUGGGUGCCAACACCAUAUUCCUGACAAAGUUCUUCAUGUUGCUCACCUUCCCUGCUUCCUACCCAGUGAGCAAACUGCUCGACUACCUGCUCGGUCAGGAGAUCGGAACGGUGUACAACCGGGAAAAACUUCUGGAGAUGCUGCGUGUCACGGAUCCUUACAAUGACCUGGUGAAGGAGGAGCUUAACAUCAUCCAAGGUGCUCUGGAGUUGAGGACUAAGACCGUGGAAGUUGUGAUGACACCGCUUCGGGAUUGCUUCAUGAUCCCCGGAGAUGCCACCCUUGACUUCAACACCAUGUCUGAAAUCAUGAAGAGUGGAUACACACGCAUUCCUGUCUUCGAGGGCGAGAGGUCCAACAUAGUGGACCUUCUCUUUGUUAAGGACCUGGCCUUUGUUGACCCGGAUGAUUGCACACCACUCAAAACCAUCACUAAAUUUUAUAGCCACCCGUUGCACUUUGUCUUUAAUGACACCAAGCUGGAUGCAAUGCUGGAAGAAUUUAAGAAAGGAAAAUCCCAUCUGGCCAUAGUUCAGAGGGUCAACAAUGAGGGUGAGGGAGACCCUUUCUACGAGGUUCUCGGUAUUGUCACCCUGGAGGACAUUAUUGAGGAAAUCAUCAAGUCAGAGAUCCUGGACGAGACAGACUUAUACACUGACAACAAGACGAAGAAGAAAAUCACCCAUCGCGACAGGAAGCAGGAUUUCUCGGCCUUCAAGCCUACCGACAAUGAAAUGAAGGUUAAAAUAUCACCUCAGCUUCUGCUGGCUACCCUGCGUUUCCUAGCAACAGAGGUAGACCUGUUCGCACCACCACAAAUGUCUGAAAAGAUUCUACUGCGCUUGUUGAAGCACCCCAAUGUCAUCCAGGAGCUGAAAUACGAUGAGAAGAUCAAGCGGGCACCUGAGCACUACCUCUUCCACAGGAACAGACCCGUGGACUAUUUCAUCCUCAUUCUGCAGGGCAAAGUGGAAGUGGAGGCAGGAAAAGAGGGGAUGAAGUUUGAAGCAGGACCAUUCUCCUUCUAUGGGAUGAUGGCUCUUACCGUCUCACCAGUCCCUCUGUCUCUUUCCCGAACAUUUGUCAAUAGGGCGGAUUCAUUAGCUGGAUCACCAGAAAAUAAAUCUCCACCACGGCCGUUUGGACUCAACCACUCAGACUCUCUGAACAGGAGCGAUCGAAUAGAUGCCAUCACUCCAACUUUGGGCAGCAGCAACAAUCAACUUAACUCCUUUCUGCAGAUCUACGUACCUGACUACUCCGUCAGAGCGUGUUCAGACCUGUAUUUUAUAAAGGUAACGCGGCAGCAGUACCAGAAUGCCGUCAUGGCGUCACGUAUGGACAAGACGCCGCAGUCUACGGACAGCGAGUUCACCAAGAUAGAGCUGACGUUGAACGAGCUUCGAGAUGGCAUGGAGACCCCCGCCGCGGUCACCGGAAUGACCGGCACCGCCACUAACGCCCCGACAGUGACUGUAGCCUUGGCCAACGAGGCAUCCCACCUCCUCAACCAGCAGCACAAUUGCGUCGGCGUGAGCAGGAGCAACCACAGCGUGCACAACGAGGGGCCCAUCUAG